AUGGAAGCCAACUUCACCUCUUGGGAUAUUACACCUCACAUCCUGUGCUUGUGGAAAGCCCAUCAGACCGACAAGAUGAUUGUUGAAAACUUGCAGAAGGUUAUUGAUACAUCCCGCUAUGGUAUAGGUAUUACAAAGUUCAAGGAGAUAUGUAAUGCCAUGGGUCUUCAGCGUACUCAGCAGCAGAACCACUCUAUUGAGUCCAUCCGUGACACCAUGGUGGACCUCCAUGAGGUGUAUCCAAACACUGGUGUGCGAGAAAUGGUCUCACUACUCUUUCAUGAGAAGGAUAUGAGUGUAUCACGGAACGUGGUCAUUUCAUACUUUGCCGCAUACAAGGCAGACCUGGUGCAUCAGUGGAAAGCCCGUCGGCUUCAGUGGAGACAAUUCUGGGCCGCUGGUGUGAACGACUUGUUCACUGUCAAUCAGCAUGACAAAUGGCUUCAGUUUGGUCUUGGACUCCACACAGGAAUAGAGCCAUUUUCUGGCCGCAUUAUGUGGAUCUGGGUGUGGCACUCGAACCGCAACCCUCAACUUGUACUCACAUACUAUCUCAACACAAUCAAAAAGCUAGGUUACAUUCCGAUGAUCACACAAAGCAACCCAGGAUUUGAGAACUACGGAAUCACUAAUGCACACACAAUGCUGCACCAAAUGUACAAUUUGUCGCUGCAUGGCACAUUGCAACACUGGUGGAUGCACACCAAAAAGAACGUUAUGCCUGAAAUUGCCUGGUAUCAAGACCACAUCAAUAAUACUGCAAAGAAAUGGGAUCGUAACAAGGUUCUACCUCACAGUGUGCUGAACCUAAUCUAUGACUCCCCUGAAGACUUCGGGGCAAUGGAUUUUAAGGUAACCAUUGAUCAGGACAGCAUAGAUCAUGUACGGCACAUGUAUAUCAAACCCGAUCAUCCAGUAUUCAACUUGGUGCCUCAACCCCUUGAUCAUUAUAUUCAACAUCAUUAUGAUGACCUUGGUCAGCCUCCAGUGCUGCCACCAAUAGUUUAUGGUGAUUUUGAUGAAGACAACUUGCCGCUCCUUGAACAUCAGAGGGAGUUGUUAUGUGCUGACGACACUUACAUGGGCGGUGUACAUGGAGGACUGGGUCUUGGUAUGUCUUUUGAUGAACCAGAUGCAUCUUUACUCCCUGCUGAUCAAGUUGUUGAAGAGGAAGGGUUGGUUGCUUGGUUUUCUGAUGAGGAGCUCAAUGACGAGACAUAUGAGUGGUAA